CUUCGAUUCUUUUAAUUCAUCAAGGGUGAGGCUCAUUCCAGAUGUAUCCGAACUCUGACAUAUCCUUGCAGCCUCAAAGAAGAGAUGGUCCAUGACUCCGAAAACGGCAUGGCCAGUGAAGAAAGGGAUAAAGUAUUCAACAGAUCUGGGAUUUUUUGCAGCCCUACCAGAGUUGAGAAAUUUAAUGACAUGUUUUGCUCAAAAAUCUUUUUUGAAAUUUUUGGUGCAGAAAAGAUGGGAGAGGGUUCUUAUUUGGUUGAUGACUUGUUGGCUGCAUUUGAUUUCUUUAGAAAAACAGAGUUUAGAUUAUGGUUGGACUCGGGUCGGGCCACCCGGCCCGUGGACCGGACCGGCCCGCUACUGUGCGGGACCGGGACCGGCCCGGUUCUCGGGUCCGUGUCCGGGUCGGGCCUAGGCCCGGGGGUAGGGCGGGUCCGGGCUCGGGUCUCAAUUUUGGUGAACCGGCCCAGCCGGGUCGGGCCCGGGCCCGGGCCAAAUUGAUUUUUUUUAUUUUUUUUUUCAUUUUUGGGGUUCCACCCGGGUUGGGCUUG